CAGAGCUGUUAGGAGGAGAAAACGACGUCGCGUGAGAUUCACACCAACCAGAGCGAGGAGGAGAUCAAGACGGUUGAGACACGUGGGAGUUCACAACGGAGCAGUUGAGGAAGCGGUUCCACCGAGCGUGAAGACUACGAAGCAGUUUUUCGAAUAAAAGCAGCGGAGCAAAGAAAAAGAAGGAGGACAACCAAAAAUCAACACAGAACAACUCUUUCAAAACUUUACCUUUUCUCUGUAACUCCUUCGUGGAGCUCUCCUUCCAGGAAGGAUCUCCAUAGUUGUAGUCUUAGUCGUAGUCACGGAGCUCUCCACAGGAAUCUCCAUAGGAGUAGCGGUAGCGUAGAUUCCUCAAAACUCAAACACCCUCGUUCGAACGUAGUUUGAAGAGGUGCGAACCGUAGUAACGGUCGUUCUUGGUUAGAAGUCAGAGGUGCAUCGAUCAAAUCAACACCGCCCGGCGGUGGAUAUUUGACGGUCACGUUGAUUUCACCAUUUAGAGGUGCAUCGAUCAAAUCAACGACGCCGACAUUUGGCGGCGGAUAUUUGACGGUCGUCUCGAUUUCAGCAAUCAGCGGUGCAUUCGAUCAAACGGCACCGUAAGGGUUUCCACCGCGAAACAUCAAAUCAACAUCGCCGGAAAACGAAUUCGGCGCUGGCGGUGGCAUUUGGUUUUCCCGAGGAAACAAUUUGGCACACCUGGUGGGACACGUGUGUUUGAAGUGAAAUAUGGCUUUGCGGCAUGAAAAACACAACGUUGAUCUUCCACAAGAAUCUGUGAAGGUGGAGUUGGCCGAGCAGAGGAGGCAGAUAGACACAUCGGUUGGAUGAAGGAGUGGCCUCAAUCCAUGUCGAGCAUCGAUGGGCAUGUUGCACUUCUGUAUCUUCGUCGAUCUGUAGAGGAGUAUUACCGGCAGGUAAAUCUCUAUUUUAUCUCUUUAAAUAAGCCUUGUGAUUCUCUUGGAAGACAUAUGGAUAAAUUUUUUGAGAUGAUAGAUGAACAUGUUUCCAGUAUCGCCAAUAAGGAUUCACUUAAACUUAUGGCUAAAACAGUGGCGUCAGGGGCCAGCAAAUCUCAUGUUGGUUCUCCUGUGAACACUAUUGUUUUGAAGGACAAGAAAGUUAGAGCUGUCUUGCGAAAGCCACAACAAAGAACAAAAUUUAAACGUAUUUAUAAUAAGUUUCAAGAAAUUAGGAAGAACAAGUGUGAUAUCUUGAAAGAUGACAAAUUUUACAACAUUGUUCAAUCUAAGCCGCUAGGGGGCAUGCCAUCCCAGCUCGGUAGAUUGAAGGAUAAACAACACCGUAAGUGGCAAAUAAGUUUGCCACAUCCACCUUGUUCUAAGAAAAAUCGAGCUAGGGUCACCAUAGACACCAUUCAAGAUGGAGGUGGUGACCACGUGAAUAAAACCAAUCCUGCAAGGGUUGGUAUGAAUCAACAGAAUCCUCCAUGUAAGUUGUCCCCAAAGACUCCACCUAGUGAAAAGGGGGGCAAGUUCAAGCAAGCCCGACGUGGAGUUGCCACACCAGUGCUUAUGAGGAACAAGUCUGCCAUGAGUGGCGGAUUGGGGGGCAAGUACCAUGGCCAACAAACUCCAGUCUCACGUAAGAGUUCAAAAGAUGCGAAGUUGUUGUGUGAUAAGUGCAAAGAUCAUGGUCGUGGUAAACAAAAUACCAACACACGUGUUGAUGGAGCUCGUAAGUAUCGGCGCUCAAACUCCCAACAACAUUGGGAGAGUGUACAACUGACAAAACCAGACCAGUCUGAGCAGGCAAUGCGGCAUGGUCGACUUGGCAAGACGAAGCUGCCAAAAAAUGUGAAUGUCUUGUCGAGAGCAAAGAACACUAGUGAUUUUUCAUGCCAUCGACCAAAAGUGAUGGCUGAGGUGAAGCCAAAUCGAGCUCGUGGGAUUUCGAACAAAGAUGUUCGAGCUAGACGAACUGGAGAGUUGCAAGCCAACAUUGAUUCCAAAAGAUCAAAACCAACGUGUGUAAAGCCAACUGUGGUGAGUUGUGGACUUUAUGGAUGACUUGUGUGGUUUGAUCCGUGUAGUUGGCAGUGGGUGUGGACCUUUGGCAUGAUGGUUUAUGCCAAAGCCAACCAUAUUUUUGUUUAGCUAUAUUAAAAAUAAUAAAAUUUGGCUAAUUUA